GGAGAACAGAAUCUAUGCUUGAUUAUCGUGUAUUUGCUGAUAAACCCGUAAAUUGGUCUCACACAGAACAUUGUAACAUACACAGAGAGGGACAACCGGCGAGCUGAAGAAAAGGAGAAAACCCAUCGUCGCGAGCUCAGGUUGCGAAGUUGUAAGCGAAUCAGGAGAAUUUCUAGUGGAAGUAGUGAAAUUCAACGAAGUCAUGUUCAUGUGAAACUUUUAAGUGUCCAUUCGAGAGGACCGGUUGAGUUUUAGAAAGAGAGAGAUGCUGAAAAGCACAUUGGACAGAAUUGUGAGGAGUCAUCGUAAUGUUACUUCUAGUUGCAGUAUCAGUAAUAUCAGUAGCAUCGGCGGAGUUCCCAAAGAGAAGGUAGAUUGCGUGGUAAUAGGGGCAGGUGUGGUGGGAUUGGCGGUGGCGAGAGAGCUUGCUCUAAAGGGCAGAGAGGUGUUGGUGUUAGAUUCAGCUCCCACCUUCGGCACUUCCACCAGCUCCCGCAACAGCGAGGUGAUCCAUGCCGGCAUCUACUACCCGACCCAUUCCCUCAAGGCAAAGUUUUGUGUUAGGGGAAGAGAUUUGCUGUACAAAUAUUGCUCUCAACACAAUAUUCCUCAUAAACAAAUUGGUAAACUCAUAGUUGCAACUAGGUCUUCCGAGAUUCCCAAGUUGCAUAAUCUAAUGCAUCGUGGGAUUCAAAAUGGAGUUGAUGGUUUGGUAAUGAUGGAGGGUUCAGAAGCCAUGAGAAUGGAACCUGAAUUGACAUGUUUGAAAGCCUUACUAUCACCACUUUCUGGGAUUCUGGAUACACAUUCGCUCAUGCUAUCUUUGGUGGGAGAAGCUGAAAAUCAUGGCACAACCUUCUCCUAUAAUACUACUGUUAUUGGUGGCCAUAUUCAACAAAAUCAUCUAUGCCUUCAUGUUUCUGAAACCAAAACCCUUGAAAAUUGGAAUGGAAAGUUUCCGUUGCAACCAGAGACGAUACUUAUUCCUAAACUAGUUGUGAACUCUGCUGGCUUAAGUGCCCCUGCCCUUGCAAAGCGAUUUGAUGGCCUCCGAACUGAACAUAUUCCUCCUUCCCAUUUGGCUCGUGGAUGCUACUUCACUUUAUCAAAUACUACAAUCUGUCCGUUCAGACACUUGAUUUAUCCUAUACCAGAGGAUGGCGGCCUUGGUGUGCAUGUUACCCUGGAUUUAAAUGGUCAGGUCAAGUUUGGCCCUGAUGUAGAAUGGAUUGAUGGUGUUGAUGAUGUUUCAAGCUUCCUGAAUAAGUUUGACUAUUCUGUAUGUAUGAAUCGCAAAGAGCUAUUUUACCCAGAGAUAAGGAAGUACUACCCAAAUCUAAAGGAUGGGUCUCUUGAGCCAGGCUAUGCAGGGAUUUGACCGAAGCUUUCAGGUCCUCGACAGUCUCCAGUUGAUUUUCAGAUACAGGUGCUAUGUUUGCUUUAUAGAUGAAGAGGUUUAGUACAGUACAACAUUGAUAGUUCUGUUGAUAUAUCAUUUUACGGCUAUGUAGGGGGAGGAUGUUCAUGGGAUAUCUGGUCUCAUCAACCUUUUUGGAAUAGAGUCGCCCGGUUUAACUUCAAGUAUGGGAAUUGCAGAGCACGUAGCAACAAGAUUCUUCAGGGGGUAAGGAACCCUGUCUGAAGAGGCUAAAUCUGUUACAACCAGAUCCCUCAGCUCUUCUCAGCUCCUUCCUCCCGUCUCUCCCUCUUUCCUCCUCAUUCCUUUGUAAUACAAAGUUUGUAUAUACUUUUCCCAUUUUUAAGCACUUGUCAAUAUGUAAUUAUUCUCUAGUUUCUAGAGUGUCGUGGUUUGGAUUUAUUGUAGUUACGGAAAACAAUCCUAUCUAUGCGGUUGGUGCGUGUUCAAUAA